AUGGGGGCGCGACUGCACAAAGUGAUAAUUGUAAGCCUGGCGCUAACAACUGUGGCCGCGGACUUCACGGCGAACUGUCCGCAAGAAUGCAAAUGUGUCUGGGCGAGCGGUAACAAGCAGGCGGACUGUUCGCAGUCAAACUUUCACGACAUACCGAAAACACUGAGCACGGAAAUUCAAAUCCUCGAUCUCACCGGAAACGAACUUUACGAAAUCACGAGACAUGCAUUCGAAGACGUACGCUUAAUCAAUCUGAAGAAGCUUAUUCUACGAGACUGUAAACUGAUAACGAUACACAGAAAUGGACUCAGCGGUCUAGCGAUCAUGAUCGAGUUGGAUCUAUCGAAAAAUAAUCUUAAGACUCUACACGCGGAAACUUUCAGGGAGACAGCAAAAAUAAGAUGGAUAUUACUAAACGACAAUCAAAUAGAAAAACUAGAAGACGGACUAUUUAACAACUUACCCUUCUUACAGAAGGUUGACCUUAGCAAUAAUCGCAUCACCCAGAUCGGUGUAAAGACGUUUAUGAAUGUGCCGAAACUUAACAUCCUAAGACUCGACGGUAACAGAUUAGAACACUUGAAAAUUGAUGCCCUCAGCGCAUUAACUUCUCUAUCAAAUUUAGACGUUCACGACAACCCUUGGCGGUGCGAUUGUUAUCUACAGCCAUUCAGGAACUGGGUUAUCAGCAAAAACCUAUACACUUCGCCGAUAUCGUGCAGUGAGCCUGCCAAAGUUCACGGCAAAUUAUGGAAAGAAUUGGACUCUGGCGAUUUUGCUUGCCGGCCAAGCAUUGUCUAUCCUUCUGUUAUGAGUACUAUACAAUCGGGGGAUAAUAAUAUUACUUUGUCAUGCCAAGUUAACGGCAACCCCAUACCCGAGGUAAACUGGGUACUUAAUGCACAGAUUAUAGAUGGAACUUAUAGAUAUCAGGGAGAAAUUAAAUACGUGUUAACUCAGAGUAAUACCGAAAACAGUAGAUGGCUAAAUUUAACCAUUAUUGACGCUGGUAGUACAGACAAUGGGAUGUAUCUCUGUGUAGCUAAGAACGCAGCAGGAGUAGAAGAAAGAAAUGUAACAUUAUUUGUAACACACACUGCCCCAGGCAUAGUCCCCCCUCCGGGUAUGGACAACAACAUGCUUCCAGUCUUAAUUGGUGUGUCGUGUCUAGCAGCGAUUGUGUUGAUAUUAUUAGUCUUAUUCUGUUAUUGUUGUUGUCGAAGGAGGUCUUUAGAGAAAAAGAAGGCUGACACAUCGAAUGGAGAAGCGUUAAUUGAGGGAUCUGUGAUACCGGAAAUGGAGAAGAGCCUGAUAACUGCUGUGAAUCCAGUGACAAAGCCGCCGCGACGCUAUGAUGUACCUCCUUCGAUAACCAGUGGGGCCACGGAGAUGUCUGAGUUGAACAAAACGUUACUUGACAAUGAUUCUGUUUUUGCUCAUAACGAUGAUGAAAAACGGUCUCUUGAUUUUGAACAUCAAAGGAAGCGUUCAGAAGACGCCCUCAGCGACUACGGUCGUACAGACGGACGCGCAUAUCCACCCGACUUGCUUUCCUUUCCUCCAAGAGCAGCUCAGAUAUCCCCGGCAGCCAGCAAUGCUUCCACUGUUCCUGAUACUACCCGGCUACAAGUCAACCCCGUUAGCCCAAUACACUCUCCAAUAUACGGCAUGACUACAAAUCAAAACAUCUUUAGAACGCUACCGUACUCCCGAUCGCAAUCGCCGUUCACUUCACCCAUCACUCCACCCGUUGUAACUCCUAGGCAAGGCUAUGUAACUAUCCCAAGAAGACCACGAGUCCCGUCGUGGUCCAGCACGGCUAGUACUCAAAUUCUGCCUAGCGCAGAAGCUCAGGAACCCUUAUAUGACAAUUUAGGCCUUCGUACGACAGCAAACGGUAGUUCCGUGUUAUCUCUGAAUAAAACUGGUCUUGAACCGCAAUUUUCUCCCAUGAGAAAUAGACCACUCCCAGCGACACCUACAUCUUAUGCUAACGCUCACCCAGUUAUUUAUGCCCCGAUAGAAGAACAGGAACCCGCCCCCUCACCAGUACCACCACCAUUUACACCUUCGAGGAAUAGUAUAAGUUCUCAAUUAUCGACCCAGCUCUCAACCCCGGGACCACAGGAGCCAUCGAAUCCUAGAAUGAGUUGGACGGCGAAAAACACAUCGACCCCACAGCCCGAACCUAGAAAACUAAGUGUCGAUAUGGAAACAUUGAGCCGAAAAGGCAAACCUGAAACAGGAUCUCUAAGAAGAAACACUAGAAUUGAUAAAGAAGAGAAUGUUUCCCCGAGAAAGGAGAAUCCGAGUAAGAACGAAGGUAACGUGUCCUUGAACCAGUCGGGCACGAUGGGUAGGAGCGGUAAGAUCCCGCCGAGGCCUCCGCCCAAACCUAAGAAGAAACCGAACGCAGAAGUUAAUCCCAGCGAGCCGCUUUUUGAAGAUGAAGGUGAGGACGGCACAGAAGUGUAG